GCCCAAUUGGUCCAGAUCCAAGAGAUUUGUGAAAGUCUCCAGGUCCCUUUUGUGAUCAUUGGUGACCUUAAUGUGACCCUUCAUGAAGGAGAGAAGGACGGUGGGAAUUCUUGGAAUGUUUCUCAAGCUCUAGACCUCCGCAAUCUGGUCCAAGAUCUUGGGUUGCAUGAUCCAGGAUACUAGGGUGACCCUUUUACGUGGACAAAUAAACGAAUGGGGGUGGCUUGUAUUCGAGAAAGACUGGAUAGGGCCCUGUGUUCCCAAAGUUGGGUGGAUCGUUUCCCUGACACUUUGGUGAAGCAUUUCACGGACCAAGGUUCUGAUCACCGGGCGUUACUCCUGUCUGAUCAACCCUAUGUCCGGACGUGUCGCCCUCUAUUCAGAUUUGAUGCCAGAUGGGCGGAUAACCCAGAGGUUAGGGCUAUGGUGGCGUACGUUUGGCAAGAACCUGUUCAGGGUACCCCGAUGUUCCAGUUGUGGGAAAGAUUGAAAAAGCUUCGUCAUUUACUUUAUGAUUGGAGCCGAGCGGGUACCACCAAUUCCCUUCGCAAUAUCCAUACCUUGCAAAAUGAAAUUACAAGGAUAAAGGCUAUUCACCCGAUUAAUUGGCAGGAAGUGACUUCACUAGAAUCGGAAUUGAACAGGCAGUGGGAGGCCGAAGAGCGGUACUGGCAACAGAAAUCGCGUCUCCGUUGGUUGAAAAGAGGGGAUCAGAAUACAUCCUACUUCCAUACGGUCACACGUACCAGGAGAAAGAAAUUUUUUGUCUCGGGUCUGUUUAAUGACAGUGGUGAUUGGGUUACGGAGGAGAAAGGGAAGGCGGAGGUUGCGGUCGAUUUCUAUCAACUUCUCUUCACCUCGGAAUCCCAAGUACACAAUAUGAACAAACGGGUGGUUGAUCUUCCGAUUGCUUCCAAUGUGACUCCUGAAAUGAAUGCCACCCUAACCACGGAGGUUAGUCCGGCGGAGAUUCGCAAAACGAUCUUUGCUAUGGGUUCAAAACAGGCGCUAGGCUCGGAUGGUUUCACGGGGAAGUUCUUUAAAGCUUACUGGGGGAUUGUUGGGGAGUCAGUUAUGGUUGCGGUUGGCUCCUUCUUUGCUACAAGCAGGAUGCUUCGGAGUUUUAAUCACACCUGGUUGACGCUAAUUCCUAAAGUGGAUCAGGUGGAGUCCAUGCGUCAACUUCGCCCCAUCAGCUUAUGCCAGUUCAUAUAUAAAGUGAUCACAAAAAUCAUGGCGGAACGUCUGGCACAGAUCUUGCCUCUCAUUGUCUCUGAUGGCCAGAAUGCCUUUAUCAGGGAAAGAUAGAUAGUGGAUAAUAUCCUGAUUGGCCAUGAGUAAAUGCACUAUUUGAAGAUCAAAACCCGAGGAAAAAAGGGAUACAUGGCUCUGAAGGUUGAUAUGGAAAAGGCCUAUGAUAGAGUGGAGUAGUCCUUUCUUCUCGCAGUUUUGGAGAAAAUGGGUUUUAACUCGACCUGGCGUGGUUGGAUUCAGGAAUGCUUGCAGUCAACAACGUUUUCGGUCCUCAUGAAUGGUUCUCCGUCUGGUUUCUUUACACCCUCAAGGGGGCUCCGGCAGGGAGAUCCCCUUUUGCCCCUUCUCUUUGUGCUUUGCAUGGAGAGCUUUGCUGCCUUACUUCGUAAAGCAAUCUCUGAAAAAAGGCUGGAAGGAGUGAAGGUGGCUCCGCGGGCUCCCCGCAUUUCUCAUUUGUUCUUUGCUGAUGAUUCUUACUUAUUUCUCCGUGGUUCCCUCCAGGAGUGUGAGAAUCUGAUAGAAGUUCUUAAUGAGUAUGAGGAGCUUAGUGGUCAGAGGGUAAAUUUGGAGAAAUCGGCUGUUUGCUUUAGUAAGAAUGUCUCUGUACCAGAUUAGGAGUUCUUGGCGGCAAUCCUGGGUGUCGGUGCUGUAGGGGUACAAGAUAAGUACCUUGGUCUACCCACGUUGAUUGCUCGUUCCAAGACGGCCACGUUUCACUACGUGGAGGAGAAACUCUUAGAACGAUUGCAGGGUUGGAAAUGCAGGACUUUGUCGUGGGAAGCUAAGGAAACUCUAAUUAAAUCUGUCGCCUUAG